GCGACUUUCUUUUUUUGUGGCCAGAAUGUUAUUCCUCUAUUUGACAGAUAUCCCUUCUGGAAACCGGGAAGAGCAUGAAAUUGAAAUGGGGAAAUGAAUAGCGGUUGGGAGUCAGUUAUAGUCUGAUAAGUACAGAGAGACGACACAAAAAAUGCUUGGUUGUUGGAGGGUCAUCCCUACCUUCGCAGCAACAAGAGAAUACAGAAGUGGGUUUUGUUGCAGAGCAGAGGACCAACAAACCCAAAUCCAAACUCAAUCCCAAACCCAAUCCAAUGGACUAAAGACCAAGAAGAAGGUAUUGGUCGUUGGCUCUGGCUGGGCUGGCCUUGGUGCUGCUCACCACCUCUGCAAACAGGGUUUUGAUGUGACUGUCCUUGAAGGUGGUUAUGAUUUUGGGCUGAAUAGAUUGGUCUGUAGUCCCGAUGAUUAUGGAAUCAGAGGUUUCUGGUAUCCCUUUCGAAAUAUUUUUAACCUUGUUGAUGAGCUUGGUAUUAAACCAUUCACGAAAUGGACAAGAUCCGCACAGUAUUCAGGAGAAGGAUUGGAGGUUGAAUUUCCAAUAUUCCAAGAUUUACCUCAAUGGCCAACUCCAUUUGGGACUCUCUUCUACACCGAAUUCAUUCGCCUCUCUUUAGUAGAUCGGUUGACAUCACUUCCGCUAAUGGCUGCAGUGGUGGAUUUUGACAACAGUGACACAUCCUGGAGAAAAUAUGAUGCAAUUACUGCAAGGGAGCUUUUCAGACAAUUUGGCUGCUCAGAGAGGCUUUAUCAGGAUGUUUUUAAUCCGCUGCUUCAAGUGGGGUUGUUUGCACCAGCAGAACAAUGUGGUGCCGCUGCCACUCUGGGAAUGCUAUACUAUUUCGUUCUUGCUCACCAGAAAGAUUUUGAUUUGGUAUGGUGUCGUGGGACAGUUGGGGAAAAGAUUUUUGGGCCAUGGAUGGACUCCAUGAGAAUCCAAGGUUGUAAAUUUCUGGAGGGCAGAAAAGUGACAGAUUUCUUCUUUAACAUGGAAACUGGGUGCAUUUCUGAAGUAAUUUGUGGGAAAGAGAGUUUAAAAGCUGAUGCAGUAAUUUUGGCUGUUGGAAUCUCCACGCUGCAGGAAAUAAUUCAGAACAGUGCAGCAUUAUGCACAAGGGAUGAGUUUCUGAAAGUUCUGAACUUGGCUAGCAUUGACCUACUCACUGUUAAGCUACAGCUUGAUAGUAAGGUUAACAUUCCAAAAGCGAGCAACGCCUGCUCUGGAUUUGAUGAUUCAAAUGGUUGGACUUUCUUCGACUUAAAUGCGAUUUAUGAUGAGCAUAAAGACGAUCCAGUAACAGUCGUGCAAGCUGACUUGUUUCACGCUACUGAGUUGUUGCCACUGAAGGAUGAGGAUGUGGUUGCAAAAGCAAUGUCUUACCUAUCAAAGUGCAUCAAGGACUUUGAGAACGUGGCGGUGAUCGAUAAAGAAAUUGGAAGAUUUCCAAAAUCCCUGACUCAUUUUUUCCCAGGUUCGUACAAGUAUAUGAUGCGUGGAUCUACAUCAUUUCCAAAUUUAUUCAUGGCUGGGGACUGGAUAAUAACACGACAUGGUUCGUGGUCACAGGAGAAAUCGUUUGUCACGGGACUUGAAGCUGCCAAUAGGGUGGUGGACUAUCUAGAAGAAGGAACAUUUGCUAAAAUUAUACCAGUAGAGGAGGACGAGCCUCACAUUCAAGCACUGCGUAACCUCAACAGAAACCUUAAUGAGAUAAGAGCCCAACUUCCAUGGUCCAACUACUUCAUCCAGUGAAACUUCGAAAGUGUACAUUCAUGAAGUUACUGUCGUAAAAUGUGGAUUUAUUGGUAGGACCAAUGUUGAUAAGCAACUGUUUUUGAAAAAUGGCAACCCAAAAUGAGGAAAAUUAAAAAAAAAAAAGAAAAAAGGUACCAUAUCUCAUCAAAUUGGACUGUAGAAUCUGUAUACUGCAACUUAUAUACAUAUUGUGAAUUUCAAGUGACAUGUAUACUUGAUGUAAAGCUAAUGCAACAGAUUUGGAUUGUGUAAUGUAUAUUGGAUUUGUCAGUGCUUACUUUAGCUUUGAACAAUCGGUGCUUGUCACAUUAGUCAGCUCCAAGCUUAUUUUCGACUUGAAUAGCAGCACGACUUGUACU